AUGGCCUGCACCAUUGCUCUACUUCGAAAGCUCACUGAUCGUCUCCGCGCCGAGUUUACCAUCAAGGACUUGGGGCCACUGCACUACUUCCUUGGGAUCGAGGUGGUUCAUCGUGUGAAUGACUUCUUCCUUCAUGAACGGAUGUACGCUUAUGAGCUUCUUGACCGCACUGGGAUGCUUAAUUGCAAAACCACGGCCACGUCUGUCGACACGAAGGCCAAGCUCCCGCCACUGGCGUAUCUCACAUUUAUCCGACCGGAGCUGCAGUACGUGGUUCAGCAGGCGUGCCUCCAUAUGCAUGCUCCUCGCGAUGCUCACUGGUCCUCGGUGAAGCGGAUCCUUCGCUAUAUUCGCGGCACCAUGGAUCUCGUCCUCUCGCUCCAUGCUUCCACCGCCAUGGACAUCACAGCUUACUCGGACGCCGACUGGGCCGGUUGCCCGAUGUUCCACUUCAGGAUAUUAUCUAUAUCUUGGACCAUCACUCAUCUCAUGGCCGUCCAAGCGCCAACCCACGGUCUCUCGCUCUAG